AUGAAUGGAGAUAGUUUUUAUGAUAAGCUUAACAAGCUCCAUGAACCAUCUGGGCUUAGCUUACUGUUUAAUUUUCGUGAUGUGAGAAUGGACUUGCAACAACUCUACAAAUAUGUCACUGAUCAAGGCGGUUAUGAACAGGUUACAAAAGAUGGAAAAUGGGGAGAUAUUGCAUCCGGCUUGGAUCCAAAAAACCAAGUCCUAUUGACACCAUGUCAAGUUCAGAAGCUCUAUACCACUAUUCUCUCCCCUUUUGAGCAAAUAUAUCACUAUAGGUGUCCCAUAAAACAUAGCAAAACUCUAAUGACCCAUGAUAUCCCUCAGGAGUCUCGAGCUUCAAACAGAUUUAGUGGGAAGAGGAAGAAUGAUGACAGAUUUGAUGCAGAACAAGACCAACUUAACGACCGAGACACCCCGUGCAUGAAAAAACAGUACAAUCGAGGUCUUCCAAAAACAUAUCCAGUGAUUACGGUAGAGGAAAAGUACCCGCUUUUAGAGACACCUUAUAAAGUCAAAGAAAUGAAAACAGCCCCGCCUAUACCGCUUGGCUCAAGAACUGCUUAUCAGAUAUAUACAAAGAUGGAAUGUGAUAGGCUAAGACGGAUACAUGGAGAAUCUAUGCGACUACGAGACAUGGUUGUCGAGACAUGGAGACAUCUCUCUUAUGAUGAUAAGCAGUUUUCUUGA